GUUUUUACUCUGUGAGUCCCAAAGCCGAUCCUUCUCAUUUUCCUUCUCUUGACCCUUUGACUCUGCUGUCUCUGUCUCUGUCUCUCUCACAAACAACCAAAACCCGCAAAACGCAAAACAGGAAAAAAGUAAUUAAAGAUUAAAGGCAAAGCCCCUAUUGCAAGUACAAAUUUUGUAGAAAGCUGAAGAGAUUUUGAAUCUUCUCAGGAAUCUUCUUCUUAGAGCUAGCUGUAUCAGAGUCAACCAUGGCCAUGGCGGCGGCCUGCUGUUUGUUGACCCUAACCCUAACCGUGAGCCUCGUUCCCUUGGUCUAUGGAAACUCCGAAGGAGACGCUCUGUACACGCUCAGGCGGAGCUUAUCGGAUCCCGAUAACGUGCUUCAGUGCGUUCUUGGAUUAAAGUACUUUCUGGCUAACCCUUAUACCUCUUUAUUAUGUAGGGAGCUUUACAAAAAUAACAUUCAAGGAACUAUUCCAGCUGAGCUUGGUAACUUGAAGAGCCUCAUUAGCUUGGACUUAUAUAACAACAACUUAUCAGGGACCAUUCCUUCUUCAUUGGGGAAAUUGAAAUCACUUGUGUUUUUAUCACAGGUUCUUGGAUUAAAGUACUGUCUGGCUAACCCUUAUACCUCUUUAUUAUGUAGGGAGCUUUACAAAAAUAACAUUCAAGGAACUAUUCCAGCUGAGCUUGGUAACUUGAAGAGCCUCAUUAGCUUGGACUUAUAUAACAACAACUUAUCAGGGACCAUUCCUUCUUCAUUGGGGAAAUUGAAAUCACUUGUGUUUUUACGUCUCAAUGAUAACAAGUUAACUGGACCAAUCCCGCGGGAUCUUGUUGGUAUUUCAAGCCUCAAAGUUGUGGAUGUAUCCAACAAUGAUUUAUGUGGAACAAUUCCUACCAGUGGACCAUUUGAGCACAUCCCUUUAAACAAGUAGGUCACUUCUAUCAUUUAUCAUUUUGCUUCCUUAUCUUGUAGUCCUUUGUUAAUUCAACGAGAAUAAUUC